UGUUCAGCCAUCAUUGUUCAUUUUGACGCAUUAAUAAUGCAAAUGCGUAGCACAAACCACAACGCACAUAAUUUAAGUGAAAUUGUCCCACACAGCCAAUCAGAAUGAAGUUGAACAAGUUCGUGUCGUCUUCGCGCAGGAAGAACCGCAAGCGUCACUUCCAGGCGCCUUCCCAUAUCCGCCGUCGCCUCAUGUCCGCCCCCCUAUCCAAGGAACUGCGCCAGAAAUACAACGUGCGCUCGAUGCCCAUUCGUCGGGACGACGAGGUGCAAGUGAUCCGUGGCCAUUACAAGGGCAACCAGGUGGGCAAAGUGGUCCAAUCGUAUCGCAAGAAAUUCGUCGUUUACAUCGAGAAGAUUCAGCGCGAGAAUGCCAACGGCACCAACGUCUACGUCGGUAUCCAUCCCAGCAAGGUGCUCAUUGUCAAACUCAAGCUCGACAAGGAUCGCAAGGCCAUUUUGGAGCGUCGCAGCAAGGGACGCUUGGCGGCAUUGGGCAAGGAUAAGGGCAAAUAUACCGAAGAAACUGCUGCUGCUCAGCCAAUGGAAACCGCGUAAACAACAACAACAGUAACAAAAACAACAUCAGUAACAAAAACAAUAACAGAGCAUAAAAUUCGCCAACUGUUGUUACUGUUUACAGUUUUAGUGUCAAAUGAGAAAACAACAGAAAAUUGUGUGAAGUGUGAGGAAAUGCCGCAAUUGUUUUACAAUAAAGAACAGUUACAUUUUCCCCAAAA